ACACACAUGUUCGCUGAGCUGAGCGAUUUUCAGAAAAUCGAUUGUUCUGUUGUUCGUUUCUGCCGUCUUACAGUUUUAGCAUCGGCCUGGUUGCUUUUUUGUAUAACGCUUAUCUAAUAAAUUCACAUAAAAUGUCGGGAGAAAGCGAAGAAUUCAAAACCGUUCGGAGUAGAAAAAUGAAAUCUAAAAGAAAGAUGGAGAUGGAUGACUCGGGACCCACGAUCAAAAGACCACAUUUUCCACAGAUAAGCGGGGACAAAUUAUUGGAUGGAAAGAAAGAUUUCAGAAAAAUUCCUGUGCCAGCUAACAGAUAUUCACCAUUGAAAGAAAAUUGGUUAAAAAUAUAUUCUCCUGUUGUUGAACAACUCAAGUUACAGAUAAGAUUUAACCUCAAAACUAGGAAUGUAGAAUUACAGACUUGCAAACAAACUACAGAUAUUGGAGCAUUACAACGAGGUGCAGAUUUUGUCAAAGCGUUUAUAUUAGGUUUCACUGUUGAAGAUGCACUUGCGCUUGUUAGGCUUGAUGAACUUUUUCUUGAAUCUUUUCAAGUUACAGAUGUUAAGCCGUUAAAAGGAGAUCACUUAUCAAGAGCUAUUGGUAGGGUAGCUGGUUCUGGUGGAAGAACAAAAUUCACAAUUGAGAAUGUUACGAAAUCGAGAAUUGUAUUAGCUGAUUCGCAUAUUCACAUUUUGGGAUCGUAUCAGAACAUCAGAUUAGCCAGAACUGCUAUUUGUAAUUUAAUCCUCGGUAGUCCUCCUUCAAAAGUAUAUGGAAAUUUAAGGUCUGUUGCUGGAAGGGUUUCAGAAAGAUUUUGAAUUAAUUACUGCCUCAUGACAUGGAUAACCCGAUUGGCUUGAUUGAUAAUAAUCCUGUGAUACAGUGGCAUGAUCAAUAUGUUGCAGAAUGAUUUCAAAUUUCAUCUUAUUGCCUCUGUACUGACGCGAUACUUCUCUAAUACAUUAUAUUGUAAAAACGAUCGAAA